AUGGCCUCCCGUUCUGGGGAAGCAGGGCUCUUGCACUGUGGGUCCUGUGACAUGGUUUUCCGGUCCUGGGCCCUGCUGGCCACCCACACUCAGCGCUUCUGCAUUGGCCGCCUAACCCAAGGGACGACACUAGGAGCACAGUCCUCAGUAGCCACUGAACCACGGAGUGCUGUGGUAAGGGCUGCCUCCGUGGCCACGGAUCAUACGUGGAAAGAGUACCCCAACACGGAGGUGGCGGACCACUGUUACCUCCAGGUGCGGUGGCUGCGGCUAUCCCUACAGGAAAUGCGACCCUGGAUAACACAAGGGUCCGCGGCGCCGCCUCAGCCCACCGCCUGCCAGGCUGCAGGGAGCCCCGGGGAGCGGCUGCGGGCGCUGCACCGGACUCGCUCAAGGCGCGUAGCGGAGACAGAAGCCCAGAGCCGGGCGCUGGAGCGAUGCGGCGAGGAACUGCGCCGGCGCCUCCAAGCUGUGGCCCGGGCGCGGGACGGAAUAUCUCGCCUAUUCGGGCUGGAGCGGGAGCUUCGAGAACUCCGGGCAGAGGCCGGGCGGACGCGAGGAAAUCUAGAGGUGUUGGGGGCGCGUGUUCAAGAGCUGCACUCCCAGCCGGGGACCGGGUUGAACGCCUGGCUAGAGGCAGAACUCUAUUGUCCGGUGCUCCAGGCCAACCCAGGGACUCUGGCUGCCGAGAUCGGGGCCCUACGGAAGGCCUACAUUCGAGGUGGGGGCCGGGACCCCAGCGUUCUGGGCCAGAUGUGGCAGAUGCAAGUGGAGGCCUCAGCACUGGAGCUGCGGCGGUCGCGGACACGCAGGGGAAGGGGAGGUGCCACCUCGGGGGAGCUUCUAGUAGUGGAAGCUGAAAACCGGCGCCUGGAGGCAGAAAUUCUGGCCUUGCAGAUGCAGAGGGGCCCGGGCAGGGCGCCCUGGGGGCCAGCGGAGCCCCAACUCCUGGCCAGUCCCAGCCCACGCCUGAGGGGGAGGAGAGAUCCUCCACUCCUCCUGCCGCCGAUGGCGCCCCCGCAGCCGCCAGCUCCAGGCUCCACCGAUCCGCAGCUUCCUGGAACCAUGACCAGAGACCUGGGCCUGGACCCACAGUUCCUCCUGCCCACAUCUGAUACACUGGGCCCUGCACCAUAUGACCCCGGGGCUGGCCUGGUCAUUUUCUAUGACUUCCUGUGGGGCCUCGAGGUUUCUUGGAUUUGGGUGCAGCUAAUGACUGGUUUGGCCAGAGAUGGACAGGAUACAGGACCGACCACAGCAUUGCCCCCAGCCCUUUGCUUACCCCCACCUCCAGCUCCUGGGCUCACAGGCAACUGUGCCAUCCUCGCCAGCAGGCAACCUGUGCCCAGACUGCCACCGUCACCAUCAGUAUCCUUGGUCUGUGAGCUACAGGCCUGGCAGGGGCUGGCAGGGGCUAGAGCACCACAGCCAAAGGCUUGGGCCUCACUGGUGCUAUUUGACCAAGAUCAGCGGGUGCUAAGUGGCCGUUGGCGCCUCCCACUUCGGGCUCUUCCUCGGGACUCCAGCCUUAGCCUCCGGCAGCUGAAUGGGAUUCCCCAGGCAGGUCAGGCUGAGCUCUUUUUGCGGCUGGUGAAUGCGAGAGACACAGGUGUCCAGACACGGGCGGAGAUCAAUCCAGCAAGUGCCCACGAGUACCAGUACCCACCCAUGGUGUCCAGCUCAUCUUCACUGGAAGCCAAUUCCCUCACUCCCACAGCUGGCUUUGCUGAUCCUCUACCUCCUGCAGAAGAGCCCCUUGGCAGAGUUAAAGAUAGACACAAGGGUUUGGGCCCUCACCACAGCUUUGACCCACCCCCACCAGGUUUCUGAGCCCAGGCAAAUGUGAAUAUGAGCAUUUUCACAUGCACGGGACUAGGGAUUAGACUAAGGCCUACUCCAAGACCUGCAGAUUUACUAUUUUCUGACAUAGGGCCUAGAAGAAAAUAGGUUAUGGGUGCAAAAUAUGAGCUCCAACCACAGCUUUGCCACCUCCUACAAAUACUUGACCUUUCUGUACGUUUUCCUUUUGCAAAAUAGAUUAACAUGAGGAUUAAAUGAGUAUGUUGGGCAUUUACCAUAUUGCCUGGCACAUAGGAAGCUAUCAGAAAGGUGACGGGGGUGAGGGGUAUUCUUUAAUUCCACCUGAAGGAACUCUAUCUAAAGUAAUUCCCACCUGGUUCUUGC